CUGUUGCGGUAAAGCACCGUAGGGGACCACCGAAUUUUUUAGAACCCCUGGGGAGGCUGAUUCCGAUUCUCUGCCGACUGGGAAUGGAAAAGGAAGGUCGUCGCUACAGCCCAACACAUCGAUCGCCGGUUCGUCGUCUCACUGCCGUCCAUUCCGAUUCGGUUUCAAUCGAACGUUCUUCCAGUACGAGAACGAAUACGAAUACGAAUACGAAUACGAGUACGCAUCGGUAACCAAAGUCGAAACUCCGAGUGCACAAUACCACACAACAGGAACCAAUACAGGCACUGUUCCAGGAACUGUACAUCCGAGCUGUGCGAGGAUUGAUUCCUUUGAAGGAUCAAUCUUAUUGAACAAAAGGGCUGCAACAAAGUUGCACCAACCGCAACACAAAACGGCAACUCUGGAUCGAUCGCAAAGGGAUCGACCGUCGUCCCGUCCAAUUCUGUUCUGUUUUGUUUUGUUUUGUUCCAAUCUGUUUCUUUUCUUUCCUUUCGAGCUAAGCACAACCAACGAACGGAAGACCACGACAGCUUGCGAGAAAAGUCUAGAUUUGAUUUUGAUAGAUUGAUAGAUUCGUUUUCAUGGCCAACGUUUGAAUCCAUCCUCACCGCUAGCUAGCUACAUCACCACAACCACAAAAACAAAAACAAGCACUACACCAUCCUACGAGCACGGCAAGAAGCGAAGCAAGCAAGCCACCUCGCUAUCGCACCAACCCCUCCAACAGCUAAAGCUACACCACCAACAGACACCAUGGGGCAAACCACUUCGAAAGACGACCCGCUAGAAUCGGCCUGCAAGUCCGCCCCGGACCUGCGAAGCGCAUCCACCGCCGAGCUGUCGCAACCGGAGGCCCGGAAAGAAGACCUCCACUCUCUCCCCGCUGUCCUGGGAAAGAUGCUCCCCAAGGUGCUCCUUUUGAGCCACCCCAGCGGAAGCAAGAACCACAACGACGACGGCUUUUCUAGGGCUACCGAGAGCACCGGGCAGCUGACCCCGCCUUCCCCGCUGGGGAGCAGCAGCAGCAGCAACCUUUCGGCGGCCAAGAACCACAAGAGCCACGUGGGGCAUCACCCCAUUCACCACCACUACCACAACUGCCUCGAUUCGGACACGAACCCGAAUCCACACGCUGCCUCGAAGGCAACCACAAACGCAAACGCAUGCCCCCACAGGAAUCUCCAAGCCGAGGCAACCCUGCUUCGCCAGCGAGACCCCGAUCACCACCACCAGCGAUCGACGAUGGCUGCGAGGGUCCACCGUCCCGACAAGAGAUCGAACCCCGUCAAGUUUCGGAGGUGGCAGACCAUCGGGGGAGACCACGUUCGGCCCCUGGGGUACCACGCACACCGCUCCUGCGAAGCGGCGGCCCGGGCUUUCCCCGAAGCCAGCGCCGCCGCCGGCACCGAUCCGAGCGCCGGAUCCAAGCAGACGCCGCCUCCCGACCUAUCGUACCUCGAGCGCAUGUACGACUCCCGCACCUGGGAGAUGUACCGGCGCAUCACCACCCAUCGGGAAAAGGUAGAGGCCUUUCACGCCAAGAACGCCAGGGCCCGGAGGGAGGACCUCAAGAAGGGCAACGACGACCGCCACUCGGCGGCCAACCGGACCACCGUCUCGGAGCCCGCCCUCAGGCGGGUGGCCCGGGCACAGAGCUUUGCCAGCGGGAGUCCCUGCCGCGAGCCGCCCAAGGGGUCGUCCCCGGCCUCGUCCGUUUCGGGUUCCUUUGCCACCACCGCGUCCUCGGCGAUCGGGGAGCAGCAGCACCACCACCAUCAACAACAACAUCAACAACAAUGCAUUGCACAACAGGCGCAUCCGUUUGCGUGCGGAGGAAGCAGCGAUUGCCAUCCCCACUCGUACGACCACCACGUGGACCUUGGCAACGAGGACGACGAUGCGCACGGCUUUGGCUUCCUCCACCGCUCUACCGAGUGGAGGGGGGACGACGAACACAACCUCUACGACCGGGAGGACCACUCGGCACCCCCCUACCACUACCAGCACACGCACUACUGCGACAGCGGCCGCCGGUACCUCCAGCACGAGUGCCCGCAGCCCAGCGGCCACUACAACGUCAAUGCCAACAACGAAAACUACUCGGAAUGGGAACACAUGAACGGAGAGGUCGAGGACGAGGAGGGCCACGUUAACGGCGAGAGCAGCUCCGACCCCACCAUCUUUCUCUUUGAUUUUUGAGGAAACAGAGCACCCUAGAAACCAAAAAAACAGCACCCGCUCGCAAACGCACACACAGACAAACGUCACUGUCAUUACCACCACCACCACCCCAUUUGCCGAUAUAUACUAGAAAGAACAAAAAGAAUCGAAUACGAAACACAACUGUCACCUUUUAUACAAAAGCGCGCUAGCUAUAGCAAUCAUGGACCACGUUGGGAGUCUCCCGUCUCGGCUGCCACAAACACCAAACUACUACGACCCCAUCCCGUCACAACAGACACGCACACGCAUACGCAAACCCACAAUCACAUCACGUCACAACCACAACCAUCACAACAAUGCUACCGAGUCCGUACCGUACGAACGAUGCCCGCAAUUUGCGCACGCUACGCUACGCUAUUUCGCUAUACAAUUUUCACUACCUGCCUGUACCAAGACCGAGAACACCGUUCGACUACCAUUAAUGCAACUACUAUACUAUUUUAAAAAAUACGAAAUACCAAU